AUGCAAGGAGAGGCAAGCCCUAGUCCUUCCCUUAUUGACAGAACCAUCAAGAUGAGAAAAGAAACAGAAGCUAGGAAAGUGGUUUUAGCCUGGGGUCUCCUAAAUGUAUCCAUGGCUGGAAUGAUAUAUACUGAAAUGACUGGAAAGUUGAUAAGUACAUAUUAUAAUGUGAUAUACUGGCCCCUCUGGUAUAUUGAGCUUGCCCUUGCAUCUCUCUUCAGUCUUAAUGCCUUAUUUGACUUUUGGAGAUACUUCAAGUAUACUGUGGCACCAACAAGUCUGGUUGUUAGCCCUGGACAGCAAACACUUUUAGGGCUAAAAACAAAUGUUGUACAGACUACCCCUCCACGUGAUCUGGCAGCCUCCCAAAUUCCUCCCUCUCCACCAUCUCGUUCACCCAGUGCCAGUCCCAAGUUUACCACCAGCUGUAUGACAGGAUACAGCCCUCAACUGCAAGGCAUUUCUUCUAGUGGCAAUACUUCUUACAGCUCUGGAGUGACCUACUCACCGGUCAGUUAUAAUAAGCUGGCAAGCUUUAGUUCCUCUCCUUCUCCUCCGUAUCCAACCACCGUUGGCCCAGUAGAGAGCAGUGGAUUGAGAGCCCACUACCGAUCUUCACCCAGCGUCUAUAACUCGCCCACCGACAAAGAGGACUACAUGACGGACCUGCGGACUUUAGACACUUUCCUGAGAAGCGAAGAGGAGAAGCAACACAGAGCUAAGCUGGGGAGUCCAGACUCUACUUCUCCUUCCAGCAGCCCUACUUUCUGGAACUACAGCCGUUCUGUGGGGGAUUACGAACAGACGUUAAAGAAGUUUCAGUACCAGCUGGCCUGUAGAUCUCAGGCUCUGUGCACUAACAAGGAUGAAGCUGACCUCAGUUCUAAACAAGCUGCAGAAGAGGUUUGGGCAAGAGUGACUAUGAAUAGACAACUUCUUGAUCAUAUGGAUUCAUGGAAAGCUAAGUUCAGAAAUUGGAUCAAUGAGGCAAUAUUAGUGCCACUUGUACAAGAGAUUGAGUCUGUCAACACCCAGAUGAGACAAAUGGGUUGUCCAGAACUACAAAUAGGAGAGGCUAGUAUUACUAGCUUAAAACAAGCUGCCCUGGUCAAAGCCCCUCUCACCCCAACGCUGAAUACAAUUGUGUAGUAUCUCGACCUGACGCCAAACCAGGAAUAUUUGGUUGACAGGAUCAAAGAACUUUCUCAGGGAGGAUGUAUGAGUUCAUUUAGAUGGAACAGAGGUGGAGACUUCAAAGGACGCAAGUGGGAUACAGACCUGCCUACUGAUUCUGCUAUCAUCAUGCACGUGUUCUGUACCUACCUUGAUUCCAGAUUACCUCCUCAUCCUAAGUACCCUGAUGGAAAAACAUUUACUUCACAGCAUUUUGUCCAAACACUAAAUAAACCAGAUGUUACGAAUGAAAAUGUUUUUUGUGUUUAUCAGAGUGCUAUCAACCCUCCCCAUUAUGAACUUAUCUACCAACAUCAUGUCUGCAGUCUUCCAAAGGAGAGUCAAUAUUGGUCUAUCUGGUGUGAAUAUUUUAUGGAUUUUUGGUGA